AAGGCCCAUUAACGAAGCAAUAGAGUUUAAGACCCAACGAAGAAAAACCCUAGCUCUCAUCCACUCUCACUACAUACUAGGAUUUAUACCUCAUCUUGCCACAACCCCUCCUGCUGCCGCGCCUUCACCGCCAACCACCGUGUCGCCAUGGCUUCAGAGAAGAAGUUAUCGAAUCCUAUGAGAGAGAUCAAAGUGCAGAAGCUCGUUCUCAACAUUUCAGUUGGUGAAAGUGGAGAUCGUCUCACGAGAGCUGCUAAGGUGUUGGAGCAACUCAGUGGCCAAACUCCUGUUUUCUCCAAGGCAAGAUACACCGUGCGGUCUUUUGGGAUCAGACGUAAUGAAAAAAUUGCUUGCUAUGUCACGGUCAGAGGUGAAAAGGCGAUGCAACUCCUUGAGAGUGGCUUGAAGGUCAAGGAAUAUGAACUGUUGAGACGGAAUUUCAGUGAGACUGGCUGUUUUGGUUUUGGUAUUCAGGAACACAUUGAUCUUGGAAUCAAGUAUGACCCUUCAACUGGUAUUUAUGGUAUGGACUUCUAUGUUGUCUUGGAACGCCCUGGUUAUCGUGUUGGCCGUCGUCGUAGGUGCAAGUCUCGUGUUGGAAUCCAGCACAGGGUCACAAAGGAGGAUGCAAUGAAGUGGUUCCAGGUGAAAUAUGAAGGUGUUAUCCUGAACAAGGCAUCCAAUAUUGGGGCUUCUUAGGUUAAGACCAGUACUUGAAACGUUAUUGUCGAUGUGGGGUUCAUUGUUUUUUGUCUUUCUGGUCAAUAGGAGUUCUCAAUAGACAAGCCCAUCUUACUUCCAUAUUUUAUAGUUAUGUCGGGACUAAUUUUGUUGUGCUUUUAUUGGUUCAAAUGGCUGAUUGUCUCUGGUGUUAGGUAUGUCUAUGAAUGUUUUACGAGUUUUCUUCUUCUAGAUUAAAAGCCUCCAAAUUCUGCGGUCAA